AUGGCGUUAGAUCCGCGCUUCUACCACCACAUCGGCCAGUCCGGACCUGGCUCGAUCUCAUCCGGCACUUCAUCCGAAUCCUCCGCUCUCACCGGCAUCACGUCGCCUAGUGUGAUCUCGACAUCCGCCUCCGCUGCCACCCUGCGAUCAACCGCCUCCAGUCCCUCCCUUCGCGCCCGAGAAGGUGUAUCCAUGAUUAGUCGCCAAGAUGCAAUGUCCAGCCCGACAUCAGGAGGAGGAAACGUCCGUGUCGUUGUGCGUGUGCGGAAGUUUCUCCCCAGAGAGAUUCAACGCCAGGCAGAAUGCCUUAUUUCGAUGGACCCUCACACGCAAAUGACUCGCUUGAGAGCACCGACACCUAGCCUAGACGAUCGCGGAAAGCCGAAAUCGCAAGCGCGGGGAAAGAUUCUGGAGGACAAGUCGUUUACCUUUGAUAAUUCUUUCUGGUCGCAUGACGAAGAAGAUGAACAUUUCGCUCACCAGGAAGAUGUUUACAACUGUCUGGGUGAGGAAUUCCUAGAUCACAACUUCGAAGGUUACCACACAUGUAUCUUUGCAUAUGGUCAGACAGGCUCUGGAAAGAGUUAUACAAUGAUGGGAACGCCCGAACAACCUGGAUUGAUUCCACGUACCUGCGAAGAUUUGUUUCAGCGCAUUGAAGACUCUCCAUCUCCCGACAUCAGUUAUAACGUCCGCGUGUCCUAUUUCGAAGUUUACAACGAGCACGUACGAGAUCUAUUGGUGCCACGAACCGACUCGCCACAUUAUUUGCGCAUUCGAGAGUCCCCAUCGGAGGGCCCAUACGUUAAAGACUUGACGGAAGUUACAGCACGAAACUAUGCGGAAUUGAUGAAGUUCAUGCGCAAGGGUGACAUGUCACGUACCGUCGCAAGUACCAAAAUGAACGAUACAUCAUCUCGGUCACAUGCAGUUUUCACUAUUACUCUCAAACAGAUUCAUCAUGAUCUUUCUACUGACGAGACCACUGAACGCACUGCACGCAUUCGACUGGUCGAUCUUGCCGGUUCCGAACGUGCCAAAUCGACUGAAGCAACAGGCCAACGACUCCGUGAGGGUUCUAAUAUCAACAAGUCACUCACAACGCUCGGUCGAGUCAUUGCGGCUCUGGCAGACUCCAAGAAGACCCGGGGGAGGAAGGGCAAGGAGCUAGUCCCCUACCGUGACUCUAUCCUAACCUGGUUGUUAAAGGAUAGUCUGGGUGGAAACUCAAAAACAGCCAUGAUUGCAUGCAUUGCACCUGCCGACUACGAAGAAACGCUUUCAACAUUACGAUAUGCCGAUCAGGCCAAACACAUUCGAACCCGAGCCCGGGUGAACCAAGACCAUGUCUCUGCGGCAGAACGCGACGCCCAAAUCGCCGAGAUGACCGAAACAAUCCGAAACCUGCAGCUUAGCGUUAGCCAGGCUAAUGAAAACCAGCGCGCAACUCAAAUGCAAGAAGAGAAGCUUGAUGAGUAUCAGCAAAAGGUGGAGAAGAUGCAGCGCCUGAUGGAGGAGAACAAGAUGGUCAGUGACUGCAAGAUCCGCCAGCUGCAGACCGAAAACGAAGCCCUGCGCAUGCAUCUGAAACUGGCCCUCGAGAGCCUUAAAAAUCCCAUUCCGCCAAUCACCCUUGCACAGCGUCAACCAAGUCUGGGUUCAUUAGCAGAAAACCAGCCUACCCAUGAAACAGUAUCUCGUGAAGGUUCCCCUGGUAUUCCGUCUGACUCCGAGCCUGAGCUUUGGGAAGACGAGGAUGACGACGAGACAGUAACCUGGGAAGAUGAAAACGGCGAGGCACAUCAGGUGCAGUCCCAUAUGGAAAAUCUCCUCGGUGAUCUUAGUGUGUUUAAACGCAAGCUAGCAUCAGACCAUGAGCGUUGGCAGCGACACGAACAGACGAAGACUCGGGUUCCUAAACGACGCGCCUUGAGCACUAUUGCUCUGAAUAAUCGCUAG